UUUAAGCUGGUGUCUGCCUAUGACGUACUGGUACCCAAACCUGGAAAAUAUGUAACACAACGCGGAUGCUUGACCAGAUAGCUGUAUAAAGACACACAAAAGUAAAGAUGAUAGAGAGAAAUCGGUGAUUACCUGAGUGAUAUAGAUAACAAUUAAAAGAGUUUCAAGUCCAGAUCCGUCAAAAUGCCAGUGGUCAAAGUGAAAGAUGACCACGGAAAAACCAUGACCCUUCGGGAGGUAGAGGGUUGCUAUUUACCGUUAAUUCGAGUACCUUAUGAUCAGGAAGAAGAGUUCCUUGGGAGGAUGGACUGGACGGCGAGGCCAGAUGACAUACUAAUUUGUGCUUAUCCAAAGUCAGGGACUCACUGGGUUUGGGAGAUCGUGUGUAUGUUAUUGAAUGGAAACGCCGAAAGAAUCCACUUGAUGAAGGAAAUGGCCAUGCUAGAGUGUCUGUCCCGAUCAGCGCUGGACUCUAUGACGUCACCAAGAGUGUUAAAUACUCACCUGUACUUCGGACAGAUACCAGAGGACUUUAGACAGAAGAAGUGUAAGGUGGUGUACAUACUGAGAAACCCCCGGGACGUGGCAGUGUCCUUCUUUAACCAUCAUACACGACUGCUGGACUAUGAGUAUAGUGGCGAUUGGCAUCAGUAUUUACCGAGGUUCAUUGAGGGCAAGGUGGACUACGGAUCCUGGUUUGAUUAUGUUAUGGACUGGGAAAACGCCAUGAACAGGAACCAGUUGAACCCAACACAUGUGCUCACUUAUGAAGACCUCCAGAAGGACUGUGUGAAAGAGGUAGGUAGACUGGCGACCUUUCUAAAGGCUGAGGGCACUGCUUCAUUAUACCAGGAUAUUGUUAAUCAAUGCAACUUCAAAAAAAUGAAAAAGGAGAAAGACCCAUUAGAGGAUGCAACGGAAUGGAAAGAUGAUCAACCUGGAAUGUACAGGAAAGGUAUAGUGGGAGAUUGGAAGAACUGGUUUACUGUUGCCCAAAGUGACAUGUUUAACACCGUGUACAGAGAAAGGCUGAAAAACACCGUGCUACCAGCGCCUUAUGAUCAAUAGAUUAUGUCAUACAACACAUUCAAAAUGGCAGCGCGAAAAACUGUCUGUAAUCCGUGUGCUGCUUGGACUAAUCUCACAUAACCCAACUACAGUAUUGACUAACGUCUGUCAGAGAAAACACGUGGAUACACAGGUACACAUCUGUCUGAUAUCUACCUGUUACAUAGAUCGCUUUUAUAUCGAUUCCCUCGUAUUGAAUAAAACAUGUUUUUGUGUGAAAUUGUAUUUAAAAAGAUAGUUUGAUGCUUUUUAGAUUUUAUUUACAUUCUUUCUGAUGGUAUGGUUAUUGCGAAAAUUUAUAAAUCAGUGUUUUAAACAAGAGAAUGUGAAUGUUUAGGACCUGUUGAAGUUUUUUUCUACGCUCAGUGGAAUCCGAUUUCUGAAUUGGUUUAAAGGUUGUGGCUCGACUGUUUAAACUGAGGGUUCGUAAAGAAGAAAAAGAGAACAGUAUACCCUUGUUUUCUAUGAGAACCCUUUUUAUAUAGUCUUCCUUUCAUCUUUCGCCCGCCUGUUUACAUGUAUCGAAAACAAGCUUUGUGAUAUUAAUUAGUAACGUAUUUGUGUAUUUUUAAUGAAAAUCUAUGUAUAUAAAUAACUUUUAAUGUCUAUUUUCAAAAUUGUGUUAUGUUGUUUUCAAAUGUUGCCGUUAUGUAUUUUCAUCACCAUGAAGAUUAAGUUAGGUUAACAUAAAACUACUGAAAAGCACUAGGUUCACUACAGGAAAAUCAGCAUCAUCGUCGGAGAGUCAGUGUGAUUCAAGGCAUCACUGGUCACAGAUCAACAGGUAGAUAAUCUCUAGAUUUAUUGGGAUUUUAGUACUCUAUGUUUCUUUAUAUGAAUAUAUGCCUGUAGUAAUAGUAAUGUAUAUGUAAUCAAAUGUGGUGGUAUCCAAGACUGUUUCAAAAAUUGUUAUAUGAAUUAAUAUAUUUUCACAAAAUUUAAGAUUUGAAAAUAAAUUUGUAAUUUUA